UUCAUUCAUUCAUUCACAUAUCUUUGUUUCUGUUUAGGAGGUCAGCAGUAGCGAGAACACUAUGUCCAACAUAUCCAAGAGGAGGCGAGAAGGAUCGCGGUCCAAGAUCAAGAGUAUGGGAGACCACAAAGAAUUUCUGAACCGCAUCACGAAAACUCUCUACUACGGUGAACUGCCCUCGCUACCCUGUCUGAGUCUCCCCGUCACUGAGGUAUCCUGCGCGUUGUGGUCCGCCGCACAGCAGGGUCGGUCGCUGAGACGUUUACACGGCGACGCGGCCGCGCGACUUGCGUACGACGCGCGCGUCUCUCCGUGCGCGCUCGUGCUGGCCCUGUUAUACUUGGAGAGGCUAAGGCACCGCAACCCUGCUUAUCUUGCUGCUGCUGCACCCGCUGAUCUCUUCCUCGUGUCGCUGAUGGUUGGCAACAAGUUCCUUCAAGACGACGGCGAGGACGCGGAGACAUUAGUUACCGAGUGGGCGGCCGCCGGCGGACUCACGCCCGCGGACCUCAAGCGGCUCGAGAUAGACUUCCUGAACGCUAUUGAAUGGAACGUAUACGUGAACAACGAAAGCUUCGAAUCGGGGCUGUCCUGGCUGGAAAGUCAAGUGGCGUUAAAGCAAGCGAAGGAACGAGGAUUCUUCACGUAUAGCGAUUUAGCGGCCGCGGGGGGAGACGCGGGAGUGGCCGUGGCGGGCGCCGCGGCGGCUGCCAUCGCGUUAGCCUACCUCGCCGCCCUCGCCGCCCUCCUCGCCUCCGCCUUGCUAGUCUCCUACACUCUACCCCUCCUACACCUGCAGCUACAGCUCACACACACUACCCUCCUGUCCGCCCCACACACGCUAGAACCGUCUCUUAACAAGACCGUCGACUUUACUGACGCGCCUCGCUGCUGCACCGACUGGCUCACCUAUCAUUCCACCAUAAACACCCCCCCGGUCUAUACCCCCAAUUUAAAUGAGCCGUGGUUUAAAAUGGAGACUGAUUUUACUUGGUACCGCAGCUCUUUAGUGGACCCGCUUCAAAAAUGGCUGGAGAAGCUCGAUGAAUAUGCUGAUGAUUAUAUUUUUAAAUCUAGAAAAUGCUCGGGUUAUCAGCCUGCGAUGCGACCGCGUCGCGUGCGCCGGUGGCUUAAUCUUAGCAAGCUAGGUGGUCUUGUGGUCAUAUCGGACCGAUAAUGUUUUAGUACUUAAAGCUCGGUUACAGAAAACACAAUCAUUACUGUCUCUUUCCCAGGUAGCAAAGUGACGUCAGCGACGUCAUAGUGACGGCAUUAUUACGUCAUAAUUACGUCGCUGACGUCAUAAUGACGUAUAAAUGAUACAUGGGUUCUGGUUUACCAAAAUAAAGUGACAGUGGUGACCUUUUGAACGCCGUAAGUCAGAAAAAUGUCAUUCACACGCUAACAUUACAGACGUAAACGAGCCAAUGUAAACCUUAAAUAAAGUCGUUAAGGUUAUAUUUAUGGCGUACGUCGUACCGCUCGUUAAGCGUUCUUGGCGUCUAAAAGGUUUGUGUAUUUCUGCGAUUGAGCAAAACUAACCGCUCACGCUUAUCUGUCCUUUGCAUUAUUUAUAAUAAGUAAUCGCUCAAUAGCUUUUCGUUGUUGAACAAAGCAAUAAUUGUUUUCGUUUUAAUUUUAGGUUGUGUGUGAGCCUCCGUUUACGUUUGACGUGGCCCCAUAUUUUUGUUAAUACACUAUUUGGGUCGUGUUUAGAAAGAUUGCGAUUAAUGUUGGUACCCAUAACCAUAGAGUAACUUAUACUAGAGCGGUACUGUCAUAGUAAAUUUUGUAACCCCAUUAAAUUCACUGCCUUCUGUCGACACACUUUAAAACUAAAAAUGAAGAUUUAUAAAAAUAUGAUAAAAUGUAUUUAAAUAUGGAUAAAUGAUUUUUUUUAUUUGCAUUAAUUAUUUUUAUGAUUUUGACCCAUGUUCUUUCACUGAUAUGCGUUAAAAUUGUUAAAUAACAAACGAAACCGUCAACGACAUCUAUACGACAGUAGGUCAAAGCUAGUAGCGCCCUCUGAACGAGAAUCAAAUUUUCGAGGCACCUUUUUUCCUUAGACUGUAUCCAUUUAUUACGGAGUUAUAUCUAUCUUUGCCAUAACUCAUACAUAGCUAAUGUAUAAAUUGAUUUACAAGUUUUGACGUCAGAAGUCUAUGAAUCGAACUACAUAUGAUAGAUACUCGGUACAGAACUCUCACUGUUUAACAAAACUUAUGUUUGACAGCUGAAGGUCACGAAUGUAAUUGUCUCUCUAACGUAUAGGGCGUUCUACGGCUGUAAGGGUUGCCAAAUGUGGAAGAUUCUGCUCUUUAUGAUCGUUACAAAAAAUAAAUGCAAAUAUUUAAAGUUGCAAAAUAAUCGUAAUAUUGUGUCCGUUUCAUUAUAGUUACCAAAUUGUUGUAUUAGAUAUUUUGUAAAAAGGGUUUUUUAGAUUGUCGAUAAUCUUGUCAAAUUGUAAAUAAAACGUAAUAUUUUUGUAUGUCGUUCUUGGUGGUGUAACCUGCAAACUAAAAAAUAAACUACUUCUGCAAUAUAA